GUGGAGGACUUGCCGGCCGCCCAUUUAUGCCUAUCUUUUCAUCGACUUCUACCUUAGACAACAUUGUCAAUCCCUUUCUUACAAGUUGCUCUCUUCUAAACUUCAAGCAACUAUUAAAGGUUAUAUUUGUAAAUUUAAAAAUCAAAAUUUUUUUAAAAAAAUUAAAAAAAUUAAGCACUAUAUAUAAUCUGCCCUUCCACCAAAACCAUAUCAACCCUGUUAUUCUUGUACAAUGGAGCCGUGGACAGGUGCCAUAAGAUCUCAGAUGGUGGAGGCUAUUGUAGGGAUUGGUGUUUUGCUAUUUGUUUUUACAAGUGGAGUUGAGAGUAGAAAACGACCCAAAUUUGGAUGUUUUGAGUAUGCAGCUAUAAGUUGCAGAGCUCAUGAGGCAUCAUUGGAAGAUUUUGGAGGAGUUGGUGAUGGACAAACUUCAAACACGAAUGCCUUUAAAUCUGCAAUUGAGCAUUUGAGUCAGUUCUCAUCAGAUGGUGGAUCUCAACUUUAUGUUCCUCCUGGAAAAUGGUUAACUGGAAGUUUCAACCUUACUAGCCAUUUCACUCUUUUUCUUGAUAAAGAUGCUGUUCUUCUCGCCUCUCAGGAUGAGAGUGAAUGGCCUGUGAUUGAACCAUUGCCAUCCUAUGGUAGAGGAAGAGAUGCAGAUGGUGGAAGGUAUAUCAGUCUCAUUUUUGGAACCAACCUUACUGAUGUUAUAAUUACAGGUGCCAAUGGCACCAUUGAUGGUCAGGGUGAUAUCUGGUGGCAAAAAUUCCGUAAUAAGGAGCUGAACUACACCAGGCCUUACCUGAUAGAAUUAAUGUACUCUAGUAACAUUCAAAUCUCCAACCUUACAUUGAUGAACUCUCCUUCAUGGAAUGUGCAUCCUGUUUAUAGCAGCAAUAUUGUUGUUCAAGGCAUAACAAUUCUCGCACCAGUAAGGUCUCCGAACACUGAUGGGAUCAACCCGGACUCAUGCACAAACACCAGAAUUGAGGACUGUUACAUUGUCUCCGGAGAUGAUUGUGUAGCUGUUAAGAGUGGGUGGGACGAGUACGGUAUUGCUUUUGGUAUGCCUACUAAGCAACUUGUAAUCAGAAGGCUUACUUGCAUUUCUCCGACCAGCGCAGCAAUUGCGCUGGGCAGUGAAAUGUCUGGUGGGAUACAAGAUGUCAGGGCAGAAGAUAUUACUGCUAUUGAUACAGAAUCAGGUGUCAGGAUAAAAACUUCUAUCGGAAGAGGGGGUUAUGUGAAGGAGAUAUAUGUAAGAAGAAUGACAAUGAAGACAAUGAAAUGGGUAUUUUGGAUGACAGGAAAUUAUGGGUCUCAUCCUGAUAAUAACUAUGAUCCUAAUGCAAUUCCCGUGAUUGAAAAUAUCAAUUAUCGCGACAUGGUUGCCGAGAAUGUAACUAUGGCAGCUAGACUCGAGGGCAUAGCCGGUGACCCCUUUACUGGAAUUUGCAUAUCUAAUGUCACCAUUAAACUCACAGAAAAGCCAAAGAAGCUUCAAUGGAAUUGUACUGAGAUUGCAGGAAUUUCUAGCGGCGUGACUCCAAAACCUUGUGAUCUCCUUCCCGACUCAGAGCCGGGGAAGGUUACACCAUGUAAUUUCCCUGAAGAUAGCCUACCAAUUGAAAAUAUUAAGGUCAGGGUGUGCUCUUCCGGAAGAAAGUAUUUGUGACUAGGGGCAAACUUUCUGUACAGUGCAACUUGGUUUCUGUGUGUACUAUUAACACUUCAGUGAAAAUUAAUUCUCACAAUAUGAGGAUACUAUAAUUAUCUCAGAUAUAA